GAAGCUCGUCUACACGUGUAAUGUAAAGGUCAUGGCCGCCUCCCCCUCCACUCCAGCCUUCGGCCCCGAGGAGGCCCGGAGGAUUCUGGACCAUCUGCAGCAUCCGGCCGUCUUCCCGGACAUGAGCCGAGACUGGCCCGUCCUCCGCUGGACCGCAGAGCGCCUGGCCCGCCGGCUGCCGGACAAACUCAUCCCCUUCAGGCUGGGGAACCGACGGUGGAGGAACGGUCCCCUGUUCGAGACCCAGUGCUCGUACGCCGAGGCCACGUUGGCCCAGUUCCUCUGCUGGACCCGGGGAGGUGCCGGGGCCGACAUGGGCCGUCUGUCCAAAUACCCUCGCUCCCAGUUCUGGGCUUACGCUGACUACAAGUACAUCGCCACGCUGCUGGCCGACCAGCCCAGCAUGUUCCAGGACGUGAGGUGGUCCCACUUCGGCCUGGAGGGCCGCGACGGCAGACACAGCACCCUGUGGGUGGGCUCGGAGGGCGCCAACACGCCGUGCCACCUGGACUCCUACGGGUGGAACCUGGUACUGCAGGUGGAAGGACGGAAGCGCUGGCUCCUCUUCCCUCCGGAGGACACCGAUAAGCUCUACCCCACCAGGAUCCCGUACGAGGAGUCCAGCGUCUUCAGCCAGGUGGACGUUCUCCGUCCCGACCUGAGGAGGUUCCCGGCUUUCCGAGGAGCCGCCGUCCACACGGUGACGCUGCAGCCCGGACAGGUGCUGUUCGUGCCCAGACACUGGUGGCACUACGUGGAGUCGGUGGAUCCCGUCACCGUCAGCGUCAACUCCUGGAUGGAGCUGGAGUCGGACGACGUGGCGAGAGUCGGCGAGGCGCUGACCAAGACCAUCGUCUGCGCGCUGAAGAGCGCCAGGAGCGACGACAACACGGACGACUGGCUGAACCCCACCGAGGAGGGAGCGUCCCCCCACAGUGACAACAUGCAGCUGGUCAGCCUGGCGGUGGCGGCCUGCGCUGCCAGACGGGGGCGCCGUCCGGGCCGGGGAGUCAAGCGGGACUCGGACGGACACGUCAGGAAACGGCGGGGUUCUGCAGCGGCUUUCCGUGUUCCCUACGGACCCCACCUCCUCCCGGUGCCCCGGCGGGAGGAGCAGGAGCAGGAGGAGAGCCGGGCAGAGGAGGAGCAGGAGGAGCCAGCAGGUUCACGAGGCUCUGCGGAGGAGCUCUCCUCAGGACGGACCACCGUCUCCACCAACGACCUGCUGGACUGUCUGCUGCACCCAGAGGUCAUCAGCCGAGUCACCCAGCUGCUCCUGGAGAGACACGCCCCCACGCACCGACCCCCUGACCCCACUGACCCCCCCUACUGACCCCCCACUGACCCCACUGACCCCCCCUACUGACCCCCCACUGAC